AUGGAAGUUGAACCUUCAACUCAGCUUGUUUUGCAGAAUCUUCUUGUGUGUGUGAUCCUCUUCUACACCAUGUACUACGCAUAAACUAUUCUCAUUUGUAACAUCUUCAGGGUAUAUGAGCUGGAUGUCCUGGCACCAUUUGAUUUCAAAACAAACCCCUCAUGGCACAACACAAAUUAUAAAGUUCUUCUAGUCUCAACACAAGUCACCUACUUUGUUUGCGGAUUGCUCUUCGUUCUAGUUGUAGAAGAAUGGGUCUGGGAUUAUGCUGUUUCAGUUACUAUUCUCCAUGUUGUCAUCACUUCCGCUGUUAUGUUGGAAUUCCCCUUGACAUCACAUUGGUGGGCUUCUUUAGGUAUAGACACGUGA